CAGCCUCCAGAGAUACCACGCCCUGCUGGUGCCCAGCUCGGCCAACGACCUCUCCAAGCUCUGGGAGGUCACCUUCACCGAUUUCCAGAUCCAAGGUUUUAAUGUCCAGCAGGGACAUUUCGCCCUGGCCAAGGACUGCGCGUCCCUGCUGUCCCCGGCCGUGCUGAUGGGGUUGGCAAUGUCCCUGGUCCUGCUCUUAGUCCUGGCUUAUGCCCUGCACAUGCUGCUGCACCUCAAAUCCCUCGACAGGCACUACCAGGGCAAAGCUGCCCCUUCCUACUUCUCACAGAUGAAGGACAGCGAGAUGGGGGACGAGAAGGAGCCGCUGAGGAGCAGCGGGAGCGAAUCCUACGAGCUCAGAAAUCAGCAUUUUGGGAAAAUCUACAUUUAG